AUGAGUUGCAGCAGCAUUGCAAGUUCAGAGAUUUCUGAGGAAGAGCUUGAGCUUGGCAUGCUGGUGCACGAUGAUGAAGAGGAUAGUUCCAAGCCAUCUUUCCAAGACAUUGAAAGUUCAACAAACAGCCCCAGUGACCCAGAAGAAGGUCAGAACAAGAAGCACAAUCGACCGGUCCGCUCAAAAGCUCGAAGAAUGGCUGCUAAUGUGCGUGAGCGAAAGCGAAUAAUGGACUACAACCAAGCUUUCAAUGCCCUCCGUGUUGCCCUGAAUCAUGAUCUGAGUGGAAAAAGACUAUCUAAGAUAGCCACGCUUCAAAGGGCCAUCAAUCGCAUUUCUGCUCUGUCUGUUUUCCUGAAUUUGAAUCCUCUCAACAAGCCCUGCACUCACUGGGAUUGUCACAGGUCAUCUGUAGGGCCAGCUGUGAUGACAGCAUCUCGACUCGAACAGACUAGAGUUGCUGUACCUCGCCUGGAUCAGCAGAUCUAUGUCCCCUGGCAUGCAUCUAUCUCCCAACAGAUGCAUCAACAUGGGCCCCAUAUGCACCCUUUGUCCACAGACCAACUUGUUUACAUGGAUACCACUGUGUCAUCAUGCAAACCAUCACCACGCUACCCUUGUUAUCCGAAGGAGGGACACUUUUAUGCUUUACAAGGACACUGCAGCAGCCCUGAUGAUCAUUUGCCCAGUAAUCUACGAUACGCUCAGAUGGGUGAGGGGUUCGAGUACAAGACAGGGAUGUGGGGCUCCUGUGCUCAGGGAUACAUUGACAACUUUGUGGAGCCAGCUUCUGCUCUUGAGAUCCCAUGGCAAGUGGAGCACAGCCUUCCUCUGUAUUCUGAUGUAUUGUAG